AUCGAACACUAUUGGCUUGAUUGCAUUAUAUGUAUUAAAUUUCUCGAAAAAUCAACCAACAAAUCUGCAACCUUAAAUUGUAGUCGAAAUAUAUACUCGUUGAUACAUGUCUUAACGUUACGAAGUCAGAUCACCAAAAUAUCAACAGCUACGAAUGUAAACAAGCCGGUAUAUUAUCAUGAUAUACACACGGUUUUUCUUGCAACGACAGUGUUUCUAAUGAAUGCUAGAAUGAGAUGCGAUACUGAUAGUUUCAAAUAAAUAAAUACAUGUUGGAGAAAAGUCUGAACAAAUAAACGGACAGUAUGGCUGAUAUUGACAUCGACAAACCGUUAUGGGACUUGAGGACAUUUACUGGUCGGUUUAUGCAUUUUUUAUGGGUUACUGAUCCUAGGACUUGCUUCACUACAGAAGAAGAAUUGAACAAAGCGAAAGAUUUAGUAUUAGCAUUAAGGCGUAGAGAACGGCAGCCACAUUUAUCUUUGGAAGAAAUUCAUCGCGCAAAAAAGUUAUAUGAAAGCGCAUUCCAUCCUGACAGUGGAGAAUUACAAAAUAUAUUUGGACGCAUGAGCUUUCAAAUGCCUGGUGGAAUGGCAAUCACCGGUGCAAUGCUGCAAUGGUAUAGAACCAACACAGCUGUUAUAUUCUGGCAAUGGGUAAAUCAGUCAUUCAAUGCGUUAGUGAAUUAUACAAAUAGAAACGCCAAUUCAUCUCUAACAACAACCCAGUUGGUUGUAUCGUAUGUCUCAGCAACAAGUUCAGCGUUGGUGGCAGCGGUUGGAUAUAAAAAGUAUUUAACCAUGAGGGCGAGUCCCUUUUUCCAGCGAUAUGUACCAUUUGUAGCUGUUGCAGUGGCAAACUGUAUAAAUAUACCGCUAAUGCGACAAAAUGAACUCAUGUACGGUAUUGAUAUUGAAGACGAAAAUGGAAAAGUGGUUGGAAAAAGUAGAGCAGCUGCUGCUAAAGGAAUAACUCAGGUAGUUUUCUCGCGAAUCGCGAUGUGCGCUCCAGGUAUGCUAAUUUUACCUGUGAUAAUGGAGUCUUUGGAGAAAUACAAAACAUUUAGAAGGAUGUCCUUGUUGCACGCACCGUUCCAAGUAGCAGUGGUUGGAUGCUUCCUCACCAUCAUGGUACCAGUUGCCUGUGCUUUGUUCCCUCAAACUGCAACAUUAAAUACAAAUGUAAUGAAAAUUAUGGAACCCCAAUAUUAUAAGGCAAUGGCUGAAAGCGGAUAUAUUCCUGCAACGGUUUACUUCAAUAAAGGACUAUAAACAUAACGAUUAGACAUAAACUGAAACGUAGCAUGUAGCAUGAACGACUCAUAGUAAGAUUGAAUGAAAUAAAAUGAUAAUUCGCAUGAAA